UCACAAACUUCUUUGAGAUAUUGCAUGGAAGAUCUGCAAACCAGCUUGGAGUCACACAAGAAGACUGAUUGGAUUUUUGACUCCAGACAAAGAGCUUCACAGCAACACACAGCCAAGAGGAAGAACUGCUCCACAAAGAUGGUGACUUUAUUCUUGCCGCCUCGUCCUGCCCUGUUGUUCUUAGUCCUCUUGAGUGUGACUCUGAUGACUUCAGCAUUUCCCCAGCCUCAACUUCGACCUCUGCAAAGUAACUUGCCUGCUAUUGGUCAAGAGGAUUCCAAAGGUGAACAGUGGGAAGUGCUGUACCCCUCCAUCUCACUCCGUGAUUGGAGCAUUCAGAUGCUGACCGCCCCAGAUUUUGGUGCAGCUAAGUCUGGGGCAGAACAGCUGGUGGGGGAAAAUUGGUUUCCGCUCAGCCAGUCGCAGAUGGAGGAGGAGCUGGUGAAGGGCUGGCCGGGGAACUGGCCUUCAAGGCUGGGUCACCAGCAGAAGAGAAACAUAGUGGUAGCAGAUGACGCUGCAUUUAGAGAGAAGAGUAAGCUUUUGACAGCAAUGGAAAGACAGAAAUGGCUCAAUUCCUAUAUGCAGAAACUCUUAGUAGUUAAUUCCAAGUAAUUACAAUAUUUAUGUAAUUGUAUAUAUAUAUACUAAAAAAUAUGACAUUUUAUGUUGGAGAAAAACACUUUUGAUCAUCACAGAUGAUGUAACCAAUUCAAAAUGUUAAUUCAACUAAAAAUAAAUAUUCUAUCAUUUUAUCAUGCCAUUUAAAUCUUGUAUGAUUUCCUUUCCCUCAUGGAAUACUAAAGGAGAUAUUUAGCACAAUGCCCAAGCUGCAACAAAAAGGUAAAUCAUAUGGUUUUGGAAUGAUAUGAUGUUAAUUAACCUAAAUGUUAAGAACUUUAAUUCAUCCCUUUGAAAAACUCUUUUGUCACCAACAUUUUGAAAAUGUAUGUAGAAAAGGAGUUUUCUCUUUCUUUUAGAUGAUCUUUGAAUAAGGAAAAUGCAUGAUGUGUUUGGUCUCAUGAUUUGAAUAAACACUUAAAACUAUUUGUAUGAUUGUUUCUAUGCAGCUUUCAAAUGGCUUAUCUGGAUGCAUGGAAUAUGAGCCGCCAUAAUAGAUUUACACACUUUGUUUUUGUUGUUUUUCUUUUUUUCUUUUUUCUUUUUUUGUGAACAGUUAAAUGUUAUAUACUUCACUUAUGUAUACAUCACUUUAACAUUCCCCAGGUAACUUUGAAUCAGACAUAACCAUCA